AUGGAUUCACCUAAUAAUCCAAACAGUCAAGCUCCUUCUUACUUUAGCCUUCUUAACUUCCCUUACGACAGCUUUUCUGGGAAUUUAAACUUUGGGUCAUCACAGAAUCUGAAUCCUCCUCAAUAUCACGCUCCAACUCAAUCUCAAGCUACACCUGAUUCUCAGGACACACCACUUGAGCGUAGAGAGAGAAGGCAAUGGAGCAGCGCAGAUGACCUAGUCCUAGUCAGCGGCUGGUUAAACACAUCGAAGGAUGUCAUUGUUGGCAAUGACCAAAGGUCAGGGACCUUCUGGCAAAGGAUUGCAGACUACUAUGCAUCAAGUGAUCAUGUCCUGAAUGGUGCUGAAGGAAGAACUAUUGACAAUUGCAAGCAAAGGUGGGGAAGAAUCAGCAGGGACGUGAGCCAUUCUGUGGAGCGUAUGCAUGUGCUCUAG